CCAGGGCGGCCUGGGUUUGUAUAAGGGCCAACUACUGAAAAGAAGGCUCUUUUCGCACCUAGGCUGCUUCCUGUGAGGGAGUGUUGUAUAGCUAUAGAACCCUUUCACCAGCUGGCUCUCUUCUGGAGAGAAUCAAGUGAAAAUGGUUCUGCAGAAGUGACAGACAUGGCUAUAAGACUGAAUGUUGUAAUCAGUGAGAAUGAAGGUAAAGAGAACAGAGAGACUGGUCGAUUAAUUCGGCUUGAUGGGAUGGAUGAAAUGCGACAUUUCCCGAGGUGUGGGCUCAUGCAGCCAGACGGCAUUUCUGGAUAAAUGCAGACAGGAGAACUUUGUUUCCCUGGCAACUGGAGCCACAGAAAAGCUCUUCCAGCAUCUCUUCCCUUUGUUCGGGUUCACCAUGAUUGUAUCCAUUGGUCAAUCAGGUUUGGAAAGAAAAAAAUGUUUCAAAAAUGGAAACCUCAGCCUAUCAGAAGAACUUGGAGUAAAGUUUCAUAAGGAUGAAGGAAACUCACAACCCCUUUCCUGACCAUCUGAGCUUCAGAAAAUGUCCAGAGAGGCAUGACACCCUGCAGGUGCCUGCAGAGACCUGCUGUCCUGCACGGCCUGCCUGGCCUAUUCUCUGCUCCUUCCAAAGGAGAUGCCACUUACUCAGGGAACUCUGGUUGGGACUUGGGAUUUCAAACAAAGAUUAGUGUGUUUUCAGCCCCACAGGAUGGAGUGUUUAAGGGUUUAAGCCUGAGGAAUUUGAUUUCUGCACACUCCUCCUCUCCAUCCCUGACCACAGCAGGAUGUACUUGGCUUCUCACAGCGUGGCACAGUUUGAAUGAAAAAUAGACAGCAAUCAGGCUGUUCCCAGAUGUUCCUGCCUCUCUGUGCUGUGGGAUCCAGCUUCUGGCAUUCCUCCAGGUUGCAGGCAUAAAGGAAGAGGAGCACAGCUACCCAGUGAGAAGCAUUUGGGAUCCACAGUUGUGAAGCUGAGGCAGGAAAAGUCUGACAGGUCAGGAAAGAAAUCUAAACUGAAAAAUUCUGUUUUAUUCAGCAUCUACCAGCCUGUAAAUGCAUGCAGAAUUCAGGAAGGCAAAGGGGGUCUUUGCUUAAGGCCUGGGAAUGUGAGGGCAAUGAGAAAAGUUGAUUUGGAAAAGUGUACAAAACCAAGCACCCACUCACAGCAGAAGUUAUUUCUUUUAUUUUGUCUGCCUCUGAGCGCAGAGGCAGAAGUCAUGUGAGCUUCUGAGCUGCAGGGACAGAGGCAGAGGAGAACGCGUGCAUCAGAGCAGCGUGCUGCUGGAGCCCUGACGGAGAGAGGGAAGCAGAGAGAGCCUGGGAGGGAAAAGGUAAAGUGGUAGGAGCUGGAACAGCAGCAGCUGCUGCUACUAUGCCAUAGCUCAUGCUCAGGAGUCAGCUCUGCUGCUAGCAUGCAUCUCUGAGGGCUCAAGUGCCUCGGGUUCAAAAGUCCUAGAAGAUCUGUGAUACUCCCAGGAGCCAAGUGGAUGCUUUUUUUUUCCUGUUAAUAUCUGCCUGAGGACUCUGCUCCUUCUCCUGGAUUGAGAGCAUCCUUUCUCCUGCAGCCUCCUCCCAGUCUCUCUCUUGUCUGUGGGAGCCGUGGUCUCUAUGGAUGCCCCUGUACAGAUUUUCCGGGAGGAGCUGGACUCCACCUGCAUGCCGGGGCCCUGUCGCCCUCCCAGCACCAGCAGCAGCUGGCCCCUGGGCUGGGCAGACUAUGACAGCAAUGCCACUGGGACCUUUGGGGACACCCAGCACAACUACACCAGCAUCUCCCCCUCCAUUCCCAUCAUCAUCACCGCUGUCUACUCGGUGGUCUUCGUUGUUGGCUUGGUGGGAAACUCUCUGGUGAUGUUUGUCAUCAUAAGUACAGUGCUGAUUUGCCAGUCCAAGCAAUGGAAGAAAAUUCAAACUUAUCCAGAACCCUGGAAGUCAGCAUGGAUGGAACAUAUUGAUUUAUAUACAAAGAUGAAGACAGCAACCAACAUCUACAUUUUCAAUCUGGCUAUGGCAGAUGCACUAGUUACCACGACUAUGCCUUUCCAAAGCACAGAGUACCUGAUGAACUCUUGGCCAUUUGGGGAUGUGCUGUGUAAAAUAGUUAUUUCGAUCGACUAUUAUAACAUGUUUACCAGCAUAUUCACACUGACCAUGAUGAGCGUUGAUCGAUACAUUGCUGUAUGUCACCCUGUGAAGGCUCUGGACUUCCGUACUCCUCUCAAGGCAAAGAUAAUCAACAUCUGUAUCUGGCUGUUGUCCUCAUCUGUUGGCAUAUCUGCCAUAGUUCUCGGAGGUACCAAAGUCAGGGAAGAUACUGCUAGCACUGAAUGCUCCUUGCAGUUCCCAGACAGAGACUAUGUGUGGUGGGACAUCUUCAUGAAAAUCUGUGUCUUUGUCUUUGCAUUUGUUAUUCCAGUGCUCAUUAUAAUUGUUUGCUAUACUCUGAUGAUCCUGCGCCUUAAAAGCGUACGACUUCUCUCAGGGUCUCGAGAAAAAGAUCGAAACCUGCGCCGCAUCACCAGGUUGGUUCUUGUGGUUGUGGCAGUUUUUAUUAUCUGUUGGACUCCUAUUCACAUUUUUGUGCUGGUUGAAGCAUUGGGGGAUGUGUCCCACAGUACUGCUGCUGUAUCCAGCUAUUAUUUCUGUAUUGCUUUGGGGUACACCAACAGCAGCCUCAAUCCUAUCCUUUAUGCCUUUUUGGAUGAAAACUUCAAGAGAUGUUUCAAAGACUUCUGCUUCCCCUUUAAGAUGAGGAUGGACAGGCAGAGUACCAGCAGAGUUCGAAACACCGUGCAAGACCCAGCUUAUAGGAGGGAAGCAGAUGGGACAAACAAACCUGUAUGACUAGUCGUGGAAAUGUCGUCUUACUGUCCGCAAGAGAGAGAAGAGUCCAAUGAUCUCGGACUGACACAGAUUACCACUGCAGUUUGAACUAGACUCACACAGACAUUUCUGGAACAUUUAAGAAGUCCUCGUGGGUUGAUCCAAGUCAAUUACUGACACACAAAGACAUUCUGAAAAUAAGUUCAAGUGUAGAGGACCUGAUUAGUGGUCUGAUUUUGGCACCAUAAUUACGGUAGUUGACCAGGUGCUACUACACAUUUCUUGGGAAAGAGGAGAAGCUUAUUAUUGUGUUAGGUAAAGAAAGUUCUGGGUUUUCUCUUUACACUGUAAGAUUAUCUUAACUGACAUUAAAUUAUAACAGUAAGUUAUGCCAAAAGCAUAGAUUUACUCAAAUAUUGAUUGCUUCUGAAGUAUACAGGUUGACAACAUGAUUUGUCAUAUUCUUUUAAAGUGAAAAGUGUUAUUUAUGUUUCAGCAGAACACUACCACAUUCCCCUCAACUAAUGUAUUUGUAACAUUUGUCUGUUCUGUGAAAAUGCAGCUUUAGCAUGAACUGCCUACAUAUCAAAAUGACUUUAUUAUGUCUGUGUAUGGUAAAGCAUUGCAGUGUUUAAAAAUACUGGGACUUAAGGAAAAUUGUUAGUAUAUCUUUUGCACGUGAUCAAUCACCUGUAUGUAAUGUUUUCUGUGCGGUUUUCCAAGAUGUUUGUAUACAUCUGGAUAAUAUAGUAUUCAUUUUCAGAGUGUACUUUCAUCAAGAGACUAGAAAGCUUCACAUUCAUAACUUGUUAAAAGUCUGAUGGAAAACUGUGCCACAUUCUUUAUAUGGGAAUAAAUAGUUCAAUUUCAUUUUCAGUAAAUGGAACAUACAUAAAAAUAGAGCUGUUCUCAUUUUCCUGAAGAAAUUAGCAGAUUCAAAAUAAAUAUUCAAACAGCUGUUGAUAGAAACUAGUGAAUUAGUAAAUAGAUUAACUGGACUGAUACAAAGGAGAUGAAGACUAAAUAUAUUGUCUGGUUUCUUAUAGAGUAAUAGAAUCAUUUGAGUUUGAAAGCUCCCUUACAGGUCAUCUAGUCCAACUCCCCUGCAGUGAACGGGAGCAUCUACAGCAAGAACAGGUUGCUCAGAGCCCUGUCCAGCCUGACCUUGAGUGUCUCCAGACAUGGGUGCAUUCACAUAUCUGGGGCAACCUGUUCCAGUGCCUCACUAUUCUUACUGUGACAAACUUCUUUUUAGAUAGCCAAUCUAAAUCUCCCUCUAUUAGUUUGAAACCAUUUCUCCUCAUCUUGUCCUAUCACAACAGACCCUGCUAAAGAGUCAGUCCCAUUCCUUCUUACAGCUCCCCUUUCGAUACUGAAAGGCUGCUACCAGGUCUUCUCAGAGCCUUGUCUUCUCCAGGUUGAACAGCCCCAGCUCUCUCAGUCUGUCCUCAUAGGAGAGGUGUUCCAUCCCUUGGGUCAUUUGUGUGGCCCUCUUCUGGAUGCACUCCAACAGGUCAAUGCCUUUCCUGUACUGAGGACUCCACAUCUGGAUGCAGCAUUCCAAGUGAGGUCUCAUGAGCACAGAUCAGAGGGGCAGGAACACCUCCCUCACCCUGUUGGCCAUGCUUCUUUUGAUGCAGACCAUGCUUCUUUUGAUGGUUCUCUUUUUUUUAUUUUUUGAUAAUUACAUAUUUUCUUUGAUGCAGUCCUAUGAACUCAUAUAAGCAUUUGUUUUCCUAUGAAGAUGGAGAAACUAAAGCACAACAACACUAAUUAUCAAUCUGCUGAGGGUAAAUCUGAGGUAAAACUGAACCUAAACUUCAACUUGUAGUUUUUCAUCUUGGCCACCAGAUAUCUUUCUGGUACCUUUAGUCCUUAUGCAAAAUCAUGUUCGGUGUGGGUGUCCUCACUGCAUAGCAAAUUUUCUGAGAAACACAGACUGAUUUGGUCCUACUGGAGCAACCAACAAAAAAUCCUUUAUGCACACAGGUAUAAAUAAUGAAAUUUGUUCUUGUAGCUGACAGUAUAGUGGAAAUUUAAUCCUCUGGAUAACUUCAUCAUCUUUUACUAUUAAUUCAGUCACAUAUGUAACAUAUUUUUGUUAUCAAGCAGAUAAGUGUAGUGCUUCUACAUUGUCAGACCAGUGCUGAACAAUCACUGGUGUCUACUCCCAUGCUUUUGCUCUGGGAAGCAGAGGCUUGAGAUUCUGGCUCUGGAGUUUAAGUACUUGGGAACUAACUGCACUCAUGCAAUUAUCUUUGUUAACAACAAUAGUGAAGAUAAUUAUUUUUUGACAAGUCUAGCACUUCCUGACAGUGUAUGCAUAAUAAGUGAAUAACUGACCUCAGGGUACUUGAUUUGCCCAAGGAAAUGAAUGAUGCUCAGAAAUCUGAUUGUAUAACUCUAUCUUCCUACUCUAUCUCCAUCUUUUUUUUUUUAAUUUAAUUUAUUUUUUUUGGUAUUUUUCUCUGCAACAUACAUACAUAAUAAUAAAUAAAGUUCUGACCUUUAAAUAGUCACAAAAAAAAAAAAGGAAUGCUUGCAGUAAAAAUUGACAGUCAGAGGUAUUUAUCAAAUUACCAGUAAAUGUACUGUGAAAGAACUAGGGCUUAAUGAAUUAUUUGCACUCCAAAUCACGUGUUUUUUUCAUAUUAUAUUAUUGUGCUGCAUGCGUAUAUCUGUAGUACAAUAGAAUUAUUACUCUUCACAUCAUGUACCCUGAUCUGAAUUGCAAAGAAAAAUCGAUGUUCUUAGCGUGUAAGAAAGAAGCAUGCUAACUGUCGAUUUUUUAAUGAGUAUGUUUUGAGUAAUAAGAGCAUCUUCCCUAUAAUAGGUGGAGGAAAGAAUGAGAUCUUAACAUUUUUUUCUGUGUUAUGGAUAUACAAGGCUUUUACAGCCAUAUGAUCUGUGUUCUAAAGAUCUGUUUCCAUGGAAGAUUAACAGUCAGAUUAAUCCAGAUGUAGCUGAAGGGCGUCUUGGAGGAUUUAUUGCAAAAUUAGGUGCUGUUCAUUGAACAGUGAGGGAAAGUUGCCCAAGGUUUCUUCCUUUCUUUUUUUUCUUAAUAGAUACAAUUGAUGAGAUUAAAGAUAUAAUAAGUAGAAAAAUAUUAUGGUUUUGCUCACUGGACCUGUUUCCAUAUGAUUAAAUUCCCGUUUUUCAUUCAGAAGUUCUCAGACUGGAAUGACCAACUGACAAAAACAAUUAUCCUCAAAGUCAUGCAUGCUGACUUUGGAAACCUGUACUGAAGCCUUGUAAAAUACCUUAAUUUCUGUGUGAUUCUGGAUGAAUAUUUUGCCUUCACUGUUGUGUAGUCUCCUACUUCCAGUCCUUGUGGUGGGCAAGGGACAGGGCAGUGGGGAAGGGGUUUGCUGCCCCACAGCUGCUGGAAAAAAACAACAUGGGAUAGAUGUGUGCAGGCAGCCUGGCAAUCAGCCUUUCCCACUGCAGCUGGCCUCAACUCUCUUCCUUGACAGGUUCCAAAAAUUUGGUGUUGCAGAUGUAUAGUACAAGGUCAUCUGACCUUUUAGUGGGGUCAUCUCCGUAUUGUCUAGAGGGAGUGUUAGGGAAUCACCUUCUCUAUUCCCUGAUUCAUUCAAUUCCAGAAUCUUCUACAUGAGAAAUAGUAUUCUUCUCCAGUGCUUUUGUCAGUGCUUCAGAAAGCACAGCAGAAGAGCAUUACUGCUGAGUUACUGCAGGCUAAAUGUCUUCUCCAUAAUUUCAGACUUCUGCUGUGUAGAGGUACAGGAUUAAUUAGAGAAUGGAGGGCUGCUUCAGUGUCAUGUCUCUUUCCACUGCAAAUUUAGCUAACUGCUUUGCACUUGCUGUUAGACAAGCCCUAUGGUUAAUUUUGUUCAUCUUUUAAUGUAGAUUGAAAAGGUGUUAAAAAUAACUGGAAUUCUUACUCAAAUGUCUCUGAACCUGGGGAUUUAACUGAGUCCAUGGAUGUUGGUGUAUUAGAGUUGCUCCUCAAGGAAAAACAGUGGUUUUAUUCUUCUAUUAUUUAUUUAAGCUGGGAAAAAUCCCAGUAAAAUCCUUGUGUGUCAAAUGUCCUUCACUUUUCUUCUACACAUUGAAAAUGUCUCUGUUCCAAUAUGAAAGCUAUUGCCUAGGUUUGACAUUACCCUCUAAAAACCAAGCUGUUCACAAGGUUUUCCCUCAGCUACAGCUCAGUAAUGCAUUUUUAAUUACGGUACAAGACUAUAUUACAUUAUUAUUAUUACUAUAUUACAUCAGAUUUUUUGUUUUGUUUUGUUUAAUGGAAGUCAUGAUUUACUCAUAAUCAAGUGAAAAGACACAGAAAGAGAGACAAAAUAUGUAACUAAUUUCCAAGAGAGAGACAGUCUAGAAAUUGGAAGAAAGUAUGGUUACUGCCAUGCAAAUGCAGAAGAUCUUACCUACAGUGAUGAUAACAUGAAGGAUGGGAUGCUUGUGACAUGAGAAACGAUUUUGAAUUGCACGUGCACACUUGUGUGUAUGGAAAAUUGUUCAGUGUCUCACUGCUACAUUCAGCAUGCAUCAAAUUGAAAAGAAAUAUUCAUCACAUAGUUUUCUAUCUACAUGGAUAAAUGAAAUAUUAGAAGAAGAUUAUGUAUCAUUACUAUAAAACAAAUAAAGGAGAUGUUCUGAUGCUGAGUGUGAAGAGAAGCAGAUAACACCUCAGGCAGUUUCUGUUUCAGUUUGAGGUGAUUAAUGCUGAAUCUUCUUUUGGAUUGCACUUAAAUGUUUUUGUUUAGCAUCUGCCAAAGUACCUAACUUAAGCUGCUGCUCACACUGUCUUACAUUGAAAAACCGGGCAGAGAAGGAAUCUUCAGAUUUGCAUAGAUUAUGCUCUUUUCCAUGUUUUUCUGUGCUGAUACCAGAUGGAACCAAAAGAGCAAACUAACAUACUAUGAGAAUAGUAUUAUUUCCCGUAGUCUCAGAGAAAACGUGGUUUGUGUUGUUCACUGUCACAAAUCUGAGAGAAUUGACUGUUCAGUGUCCUAGGGGAAAAAAUUUGUCAUACAAUCUACGUCCCAUGGGUCAAAGAAAAGCUUUCAGAAAUGCUCAUGAAAUGAUGUAUAGAGCUUCUAGUAGGCCUUGCUUAUCUCAUUUCAUUUGUGCCUUUAAAUACCUCUUCCCUACAGUGAUGUAACACUUUAUUUUAAAGAUACUCACUGCUAAUUAAUUCAAAGGAAGACAGGUUCUAUUAAUUUAUUAACAGAAUCUUACACUUGGAAAAACAAAGAUGUCAAUUAAAUGUUGUCACCACAACAGCUCCUGAUGGGAUGUCCAACAUGCCAAACUGCUUUCCAACUUCAAAGAGAAUGUUCUUUAAAAACAGUCACUUGUCAGGGAACAGAAUGUUUCCUAGAAUUUCAGACCUGUUUGGUUCUGCCAAGUUAUGGUCAAUGUAAACAGACCACUACUGAAACGAUACAAUUGCUUGUUGUAGCAUGUUUGAUAGACUCCAUAUGAAAACAACGUACUGACAAUAUAUCCUUUAUGUAUAAAACCAAUGGCUAAGAUAAAGUCCAAAAAAAUUACUUAUGUAGUUGAAUUUUAAAGUUAGGAGGAUGUUUGACAUUAUGCCAAUAUGAAGCUGGCCAGGGAUAUAACACAAAUUCUGGUUUAUAGGAUACAUAGCAGGUGCUACCACCGGGGAAGUUGGUGUCCAGCUUUUUUCCAAAUCCAUACUCAGAACAUCACAGCACUUUUGUGGAUGUCUCUCUGUGAAGGAUAUCCAGGGAUUUUAGGCUGAAUCAGUGUGUGAUGGGAAAGGAAACGAGCUUAAGCAGCAGCUUUUCUCAGUAAGAGUGAGAAAUUAAAAUUUUAAAAUGGAACCAUUUUGGUCUACACCCAAAUUUUAAACAUUUUCUUACCCUAAUGUCAAUAUUCUACUAUGUGUUAAAUGAUGUAAUUUUGAAAAACAGAAGAGAUGAAAGAUGAAAUUAUUCUGUUAUUCUGUGAUUUUGUGAUUCUGAUUCUGUGUUUUCUUCUUCAUUAUCUGAAACAGUGCUCUGCAUGAGUGAUAUCAGGGUAAUAAACAAAAUAAUCCUGUUUUCAAAAAGCACACAUUUUUUCUUCAUCUCGAAAAUCAAUGCAAAUACUUGCCUCAAAGUAUCCAUGACUAAUCAUAAGGUAACUGGGAAAGUAAACACUUUCCUCCAUUCUGCCAUGUCUAUACCACAUGCAAGCAGGCUAUGUUACUCAGCAUUACUUAAUACCAUACUUCAGGAAUUAUCUCCAGAGGCAAGUCUGUUUUACUGUGAUUGCAAAUAAAAAGCUAAAGAAACUUUUCCAGAGAACUGGUAGUUAGAAAAUUUUACAUGAAGGAGGGAAAAAUAUCUUUUUUUUUUUU